AUGGAUGGAGUUGAAAAAAUGAACAUACGAAGGGGGCAGUUAAAAGCGUCAAUAACACGCUUUUGGAAUACCCUACAAUCUCCAGAUGUCGACCCAGUCGAGAUAAAAGCUCGACGAGAAAAAAUUGAAGAGGUGUGGGUAGAAUAUGAGCAACUUCAAUCUGUGAUAGAGGCGCAGGAAGAGGUCGACAUAAAUGCACAGAAUGGGUAUAGGGAAAUAUUUGAGGACCUAUACUUUAAAAGUGUGGCGGCAGCGGAGAAAAUAAUUACACAGGCGAAUGGCACAGAGGAACGCGGAAAAAGCAAAAGCGAAACGUCGUAUGAAAAAAAAGUAACCCCGGCAGUUAAAUUAGCAGCGUUAAAUGUGCCAACAUUUAACGGAAAUUAUCAUGAAUGGGCGUCAUACUAUGAUAUAUUUUCUGUAUUAGUGGAUAGAAAUCCGGACAUAAGUGAUAUAGAAAAAAUUUUUCAUUUGCGAGCAUCACUGUCCGGCGAAGCACUAGCGUCUAUACAAUGUUUGGAGACAACGGCGAAUAAUUAUGCGAUAGCGUGGAAAUCUCUUGUGCAGCGGUACAAUAACAAACGAGUGUUAGUACAAGCACACGUAAAGUCCAUAUACGACCUUGAAGCAAUGAGUGGCGAAUCGGCGAGUAAACUAAGACAAUUUACAGACACGCUUAGUGGACACAUGCGGGCUUUAGAGGCGCUAGGCGAACGACCCGGGGAUUGGGGACCACUGUUAAUACAUUUAAUCGCAACAAAAAUUGAUAAAACCACAUUGAGAGAGUGGGAAUCAAAAUCGUCACAUGAUAAGGUGCCAACUGUGUCGGAGAUUAUUCAAUUCUUGGAAUCGAAAUUCAAGGUUUUAGAAGCCAUAGAGGUCGCAAAAAACAUAACUGUUCGAGCGCAGCGGCCUAUAGAAAACAGUGCGAAAAAAUAUUAUGAAAAGGGAAGCGCGUCGAAAUCGUUCGCGUCUACGUCAAAGUUAAAAUGUUUUGUGUGUGGAUCAGAACAUACGAUUUAUAAGUGCCCUACAUUUUGCAGUUUAGACAUAUCGGAUAGAAUAAAACGCGUAACGGAGCUUGAUUUAUGUAAAGUUUGUUUACGUAAACACGACGGUCGAAAAUGUAACGCGCGAUUUUGUUUCAAAUGUGCAAAGCCGCACAACACGCUGUUGCACUUGUCUGGAGUGGGAAAUAAAUCGUCGACAAACGAACAAAUACAGGUUCAGUCGACAACGGCUGGUUUGAAUAUUGCAGGAAGGAGCGAUGAAGAGUCAAAGUCCGUAAGUGCGCACGCGUCGGUAAUAUUGGACGAUCGUAUUCUAUUGGCGACAGCGAUAAUAUUAUUGCGUGACGAGAUAGGUAAUUUGGUACCCGGACGGGUAUUACUAGACUCUGGGUCACAGAGUAAUUUAAUCACUGAAGAAAUGGUUCAAGUGCUAGGAUUAAAGAAAAAACGUAUUAAUCAUAGCUUAUCGGGAAUCGGAGAUAGCGCGCAGACAGUGUCGUCGACAGUGAAUACAAUGAUCAUGUCCAAUUAUAACGCGUUCACAUUAUCUACAUCGUAUUUGGUCGUAAAACGCAUAACAACAAAUAUACCGUCAAGAGUGUUUAAAGGAAAUUACGUAAUUCCUAACGAUAUACAGUUGGCUGAUCCAUCAUUUUUAAAACCACAGAAAAUAGAUUUAUUAAUUGGGGCCAAUCACUUUUUCGAUUUAAUGCAAUCUGGACGACUUAAACCAAUAGCGGAGGGACCGGUGUUCCAAGAGACGUGCUUGGGAUGGGUGGUUUCAGGUCCGUUAGGACUUCCGGAAAAAUACGAAUAUGAACACUCGUCCAGUGCGAUAUGUUUACUGACGGGUGAGACUCCGGAGACAGAUUUGGAAAGGACAAUUGCGACAUUUUGGAGGCUCGAGGAGUAUGGAGAAAAAAAAGUAUACACUUUGGAAGAAAAGGCGUGUAAAAAUGAUUUUGACAAAAAUGUCAAACGGAACGGUAGUGGCAGGUUUGUCGUACACUUACCAUUCAAAAAAGAUAAACCUAAAUUAGGAAACUCGUACGAGAUAGCGAAGCGUCGGCUGUUAUCGUUGGAAAGGCGUUUCCAGAGGGAUCCGAAAUUAAAGACGGAAUAUUGUAAUUUUAUGUCUGAAUAUGAAAAACUUGGGCAUAUGGAGAUUAUCGGUGAAGAUGAUAACGGCAGCGCCGGAGAGUCAUAUUAUAUACCGCAUCACGCAGUCCGUAAUGAAAAUAGUACUACUACAAAAUUACGCGUAGUGUUUGACGCAUCGUGUAAAACCGAUACGGGCAUUAGUCUUAAUGACAUUUUAAUGAAGGGGCCGGCGAUUCAAGACGAGUUGUUAUAUAUAUUAGCGCGUUUCCGGACGUAUAAUUACGUUUUAUCGGCGGAUAUAGAAAAAAUGUAUCGCCAGAUUUUAGUCACAGAAAAUCAUCGAAGUUAUCAACGCGUAUUAUGGCGAGCAAAUUCAACGCAACCGAUACAGAAUUAUCAACUUAAUACGUUAACGUACGGCACAGUUCCCGCAUCAUAUUUGGCAACGGCGUGUUUGGAAAAUUUGGCAGAGGCUGAAUACGAAAAUUAUCCCGAUGCGUGUUUGUCAAUCGUAAGAAAUUUUUAUAUGGACGAUUACUUAGGGGGUGCCAUGAAUAAAUCGGAAGCAUUAAAAUUACGAGAUAAUCUUACGACAAUUAUGAAAAAUGCGGGCUUGGUACUGCGUAAAUGGAUGUCUAAUGAUAGCGACCUAAUCGCAGACGUUCAAUGUACCAGCUGCGGAGUGCGGGCGGUGGGCGAUACUAGGUCAACAAAGAUAUUAGGACUAAAUUGGAAUUCAGAUAAUGAUGUGCUGUUAUACACCGUGCGCCAAAUAGAUGAUAAACUAAUAACAACAAAACGAAAAAUAUUAUCCGAAAUUGCGACCAUAUUUGACCCGUUAGGACUGCUCGGUCCAGUAAUAGUAAAUGCAAAGUUAAUAAUGCAAAACCUGUGGCAGGUAAAGGCUGGUUGGGAUGAUCCACUACCGGAGAGCAUUCAAAACGAAUGGCUUAAAUGUCGGGACGGCCUGUCACAGUUAAACGAAGUAUCAAUACCACGAAAAAUAAUAUGCGACGGUAUAAAUAUAGAAUUCCAAGUACAUGGUUUUGCGGAUGCGUCCUUAAAGGCGUAUGGCGCCUGCCUAUAUCUGCGUAGUACUGAUUUGGUAGGAAAGAACGUCGUAAAUUUAAUUUGCGCAAAGUCAAAAGUGGCGCCAUUGAAAGUCAUAUCGCUACCACGUUUGGAGUUGUGUGCCGCACUACUAUUAGCCCGGCUAGCAAGCCGAGUAAUCCCAAAAUUAAAUUUACCUAUAAGUCAGCGUCGAUUCUGGAGCGACUCGAAGGUAACACUUGCAUGGAUAUCGUCACCAUCAACCCGAUGGAAGACCUUUGUAGCUCAUAGGGUCGGGGAGGUGCAAGAUUUGACGUUAUUUAGUGAAUGGGCACACGUAAGUACGCUGGAUAAUCCGGCAGAUCUUAUAUCACGUGGCUGUGAGGCAAAACGUCUAAAGGAAAAUGCGAUUUGGUGGCACGGCCCCACGUGGCUCAGCGAGGAGAGUACAGCGUGGCCAAAUGUCGAAUCGAAAGCGUAUACUGCGGCAGACACAAACAUACCCGAAGCGAAAGAUAACACCACUACGGCAGAAACGUGCAGUUUAACUUGUACAGCGAAAUGCAAUUAUCCACUGUUAUCCGAACGAUCUUCGUUAAGUAAAAUCAUACGUAUAACGGCGUAUUGUUUACGCUGGCGAAAGAAAAAAAUGAUUGUCGGCCCAUUGCAAGCAUUCGAAUUAGAAUACGCAAAUCUCGCAUUGAUAAGAAUGGUGCAGCUAGAACACUUCGGCAAGGAAAUAAAGGCUUUAAGCGGAAGUACACAAGUAGCCACAACAAGCAAGCUAUUUAGAUUACGACCAUAUUACGAUAAAGAAAAACUUCUACGCGUCGGCGGUCGAUUAAAAAAUGCAAUAUACCUGGACAUACAUCAGCGAAACCCGAUAGUCCUACCCAGUGAUAGUCCAUACACACGGCUAUUAUUUCGCCGUGAACACGUACAACUUUUGCAUAGCGGUCCACAAGCACUCAUAGCAUCGAUUCGGCAGCGGUAUUGGCCGUUGAAGGCGCGUAAUAUUGCGCGUGAUACUGUGCAUAAAUGCGUAACAUGUUUUAGAUUAAAACCAGUUAUCGUGCAGCCGAUUAUGGGUGACCUACCGCGUGAUAGAGUAACACCGAGUCGGCCGUUUUCGCGUUGUGGUAUCGACUUUGCUGGUCCGAUAAUGAUAAAAACGAGUUUACGAAGAAAGGCGGCAUGUUCAAAGGGGUACAUCGGAAUAUUUGUUUGCUUUGCAACGAAGGCGGUUCACAUUGAAUUGAUUAGUGAUUUAACGACGAAAACAUUUUUACAAGCUUUAAACCGAUUUUUUGACCGUCGAGGCCGAAGUUCAGUCAUAUAUUCAGACAACGCUACAAACUUUAUUGGAGCACAAAGGCAACUCAAAGAAAUAUUUCAAUUUUUUCAGUCCGUGGAUCACCAAAACGAAAUUGUAACAGCUCUCGCGGAUAAAGGCGUCGAAUGGAAGUGCAUACCGCCCCGCUCACCGCAUUUUGGCGGGUUGUGGGAGGCGGCGGUAAAGUCCAUGAAGAGUUUAUUAUACAAAGUGUUAGGCGAGGCGAGGCUUACAUAUGAGGAAAUGAGUACGGUACUAACUAGGGUAGAGGCUUGCUUAAAUUCCCGUCCUAUAACACCAAUGUCCUCCGAUCCAACCGAUUUGACUGUUUUAACGCCCGGUCAUUUUUUAACCGGAGACGCUAUAACUGCGGUGCCCGAGCGUGAUGAGACUGCCACACCUGAUAACCGGUUGGACAGGUGGCGAAGAGUGACAAAAUACUCUCAAACACUGUGGAAUCGCUGGAGUACUGAAUAUCUGAAUCAGCUUCAGGAAAGGGUUAAAUGGGCAGGUGCGAAAGGUCCGUCAGUAAGAAUUGGGACAGUGGUAAUACUUCGAGACACCAACCUGCCUCCUUUGCAGUGGCGCUUAGGACGAGUGGUCAAGGUCGAGCCUGGUGCAGACGGUGUGAUCCGCGCAGCAUCGGUUCAAACCAGUAGCGGUGUAUGGAAAAGGGCGGUGCGUUUACUUUGUCCUUUGCCAUUUGAGGGGAAUGCUACUUAG